GAGAAAUUAUAAAAUUAUAGUAAUGGAAUGAAACGAGCACAGACUAAUAACUGAUUUCGGCAAUGAGUAAGAAACGGGGAGGAAGGCAUCUUAUAUCAUUUUGUGUUGUUUGAUUUACUAUAAGUAUAGUUUGAUGUCUUUUAUUUAAUGUAUAACACGGCAAUAUAUGUCCGCGAGAGGUGUAGAAGAGUAAUGUUUGGGUGAUGGAGUCACCGCCUUCGUUUUCCACACAUUCCGAGGUGCCUCCUUUAAGUGAAGACAGUGGUCUACUCAUCACCAGCGGAUCCUUCUCGAGCGAUUCCGCUAGCGGCUGGCAUCACGUUACGUCCGAGUUACAAGAGAGUGACUUCGAUGAAAAAUCUCUGUCACUAUGCGAGUCGACGGAGACAUCGGAGCGAAUGUGUGGCGACUUUUUUAACACCGUCAAGAAAGGCCCUGGAAAAGUUUUACUAACGACUAUUGACCCACCUCCCGAAUUUCAGGAUAAUCCAGUGCCCAUUAAUAUUGUGGAAGUCGCAACUUUAUUUGUACCUCCAACUGUUGUGUACAAUGACUCUGUAAAGUCCAAAUCGUCGGUUCUUGAGAUUCCUAUGACAACGAGACAUCUGUCUCCACUGUACGCGAAGAAGUUGAAACCGGAAUCGUUGUACGAGCGGCGGCAGUGCCUGAACCACCGGUUCGCGAGCCCGCGGCUGCUGCACCUCAGCCCGUGCCGCGGCGCGCGCCCCUCCUCGCGCAACUCGCUCACGUCGCGCCUCUCCAGCAGCCACAACUCGCUCGUGACGCAGCUCCAGGACGACUCAAGCUUCAUCACCCAGGCCAUCUCGCACGACACGCUCUCCGCCAACACCUCCGACAUCACUGACAUGUACAAUGUGCCCUUCGACAGCGACAUCUACGCCGUCCCCGUCGACAUGGUUCGCCCCGGCCAUAGCAAUAUGAGAAAAGGCAAAAAACCACCCCGGACCAACAAGAAACGCGGCAAAAACCCAACUCAAAAUUCGACAACGAAUCACGUGCAGGCGGACAGAAAUCACAAGCCAAAGGAAACGACGAAUCGACAUAAAGAUUCCAAAAAUAAAAGGCACAGCUUGCCAAGUUCGUCUUGUAGGAAAAACAUAUCUGACUCAGAGGCGGACUCGCUCCACCUGACGCUGCGCGAAAUGCGAAAAUAUUUGCACACUCUGUACUCUAGCUCGAGCGACUCCGAGUGCCGGAACACGCUGAACAAGAAGAACGCCAUAACGAACGUGGAGAUCCACGUGCGGCAGCCGAAGGACGCGAAGACUAGCAAGGAUAACGAGAUAUGCAGCGCGUUAGAAACGAAUAACAAUCAUAAAAAGCCUCAUAAAAACUCUUUCGGUAUGAAUAUUAAGAAUAAGAAGCACAAAGAGGUACCCAAGGAAGAUUCGGUUGACAAGAGUGCGAAGACGCCGCGGGCGAGUCAAAAGAAGAUGUCGCCGGUGCGGAUUCUGUCGUUGAACUUGAAGCAGAGUUUUUGCAAUCUGUUCCGGUGGCGACGGGCGGGCGGGCUGGAGCGCGAGCGGGACGAGGUGGCGGUGGAGCCGCCGGCGGCGGUGCGGCGCGCGCUGCCGCCGCUGCCGCCCGCGCCGCACUCCUCGCGCCGCGACGCCGACGACGCCGUCAUGGACUUCGCCACCUCCAUCCAGAGGGUCAAAGACUAUGGCUGGUACUGGGGCCCCAUAUCUGUGGAGGCGGCAGAGAAGAUCCUGUCGAACGAACCGGACGGCUCGUUCAUAGUGCGCGACAGUAGCGACGACCAUUACAUAUUCACGUUAACUUUUAAGUUAAAUGGCAUGAGGCAUGUGAGGAUUGAACAUGAUCAGGGUAAUUUCUGCUUCGGCGGGUGCACAAUGUUCAAGGCGCAGACCAUAGUGGAGUUCAUAGAGAACGCGGUGGAGACGUCCCGCAGCGGGCGCUACCUGUUCUUCCUGAACCUGCGGCCCGUGCUGGGGCCCGUGCGUGUGCAGCUGCUCUACCCCGUCUCGCGGUUCAAGCGCGUGCAGAGCCUGCAGCACAUGUGCAGGUUUGUGAUAUUAAAAUACGUACGACGGGACCUGAUAAGCAACCUGCCGCUGCCGAGGCGUCUCCUGGACUACCUGAACGCCACCCACUACUACUCAGAGCUCCUUGCCGAAAUAUAGGACCUGUUUGUUGGUUAGUUAUAUUUGUGUGACGUGUUAGCUGGCUCAGAACCUCCUCGUCCACUAUCUUACAUUGUAACUUUUUUAAAUUGCGCGCAAUGAAUAUUAACAGUGAGUAUAUGACAAUAUGUUAAAAAGGUGACAUACUAAGGUGGUAGAAGAGGCGGUCCUGGGAUCGUAGACAAAUGGCUAAUUGUUCACGCUUCGUGGUGAACGACGCAACUCUAUUAUUUCGUAUUAGCCACAGAUAUAGGAAGGAAGGAGAUUGGACAUGCCGGACGAUUUAUAUUAAUACUGCUGCCACGAGUUCUUGAACCCAAAUAAAGCACUACGCUUGUAGUUGGGCGCUCCUAUUGCGCAAUACACGCGCAUCAUUUCCAUGUCUGUGUACAUGCGAACGACCAGCGAGUCGUGUCAUCACGCAGACACACAACUGUAUGCUCAAUGAGUUAACAAUUGCCACACGUACGCUGGCGGCUUGUCCGCUCUCUAGUGUUAUACGCAUAUACUCAGAUGUAUUAGUGCAACAUAGACAGUUGUGUAUCGCCCGCCGCAGAGCGUUAGCGAUUCGUCACUUGUUUACCCUGAGCCCGGUUAUCGCGUAGACAUCGAUUGACAACCGACAAAUGCAAACAUAUGUGAUCAUUGACUUGUACUUAGAUUUAAGGUUUUUUAGCGACUGCCACGUAUAUUUAUCGAAGUGGGCGAACGAUUUUAUUCUUUUGGGAAUGUCACAUUCGUAUAAAUAUAUAGCCAUUCGACAUGUAUUACGUCAUCAUUUUGCAUUCCAUUGAUAGGCUUUGAAUUUCACAAUAAUUUAUCACGCAAUAUUUAGACAUUCAACUUUUAUGUACCUGAUAAUAUUCAUAUUAGUGACUUGUUUGUCUAUACAUGGUGCCACGUUCAAACAAAGGCUUUGAUAUUAUUGAUAGAGGACCUUAAAAAUUACCGAACCGCUAGUAUUGUAAAUUCAGCUAAAUUUAAGAGUUUCAGAUAUUGCAAACCCUCAGAACUUUUGAAAUUUCAAUCUGGUUUAUACAUGAUGAUUUUGCCAUGACUGACCAUACCCUGAGCGGUGUCAUACUGAAGAAUUUUUACUGUGGGACAUGCCUAGAAAUUGCGAAUAAAAAUCAGAUGUUUAAUAGAAAACAUUGACAUGUGACUCAUCAAAACUGACGAGGACAUCAGUUUUUAGUUACGUUUCUGGGUUGACCACAUACUAAAAGUGGAUCAGUAUGAUCUGCGUCACCUGUCCAGACACAGCAAAAUCAUCCUAGUGUCAGAUGGUAGUCCACUCAAUUAUUAUGUAACGCCGGGUCUUGCAUGGGCGACGGUCGCGCGA